AAUUCCUCCACGUAACGCAGGCGUGCGUUUAGUGCAAUUUUAAGCUAUAACUAAUACAAUUUCACCCCCACAGUGCAAUGUUAUUGUAAAAUAAAAUCUUAAAAAUACUAUAACAUAUUUAAAAAAAGAAUAUAUUUAUUUGACGUCAGGAUGAAGGCACUCUGUCUUCUUCUGGCCUUAACUAUAAGCAGUAGUUUAUGCGUUGAUAAGAAUAACUUCAAGACAUGCGAUCAGUCAGGGUUUUGUAAGCGCCUUCGGCCUUUUAAGCCAGAGAAAUCUCAGUAUUCCCUAAAUUUAGACACCGUUAUUGUACACGGAAAUGUUUUUUCGGCUGAAGUCGUUACCGUGGACACUGAAGGAGAAAAGAAACAUGUAAUGUGGCAUUAUGCAUUGAAACUGACUGCUUUUGCGGAUGGAACAUUCCGUGUGGAAUUAGAUGAAGCAGAUCCUUUGUACCCUCGGUACCGACCGGAACUAGCGAUGGAUGGGGAGCCUUUUGCAGAUGGAUUAAAGUUAGUAUCGAAUAUAAACGAUAAGCUGGAAUUGAUCAACGAGCAAGGCCACAAAGUAAUCAUCACAUCCGAACCCCUUAAAAUCGAAUUCCUGGACUUGAAUGGUGAAACAGCUGUGAUAUUGAAUGACAACAGCCAGCUUGUUGUGGAGCCUUUGAGGGUGAGGAGAGAGAAGAUCGGUGAUGAUGAUGACGGGGAAGUCGAGGAAGAAGGUGCUUGGAGCGAAAAUUUCAAGUCUCACCACGAUAGCAAACCGCGAGGCAACGAGGCCAUUUCGCUGGAUAUCGCAUUUCCGGACGCUGACCAUGUUUAUGGUAUCCCAGAGCAUACAGAUAAUUUCCACCUGAGGACGACAACAUCAGGUGAACCCUACAGGCUGUACAACUUGGACGUCUUCGAAUACGAGCUCGACAGCAGGAUGGCUAUAUACGGAGCCAUCCCGGUCCUCUACUCUCAUGGAGUGAAGCGCAGUGCGGGCGUGUUCUGGCACAACUCAGCGGAGACGUGGGUGGACGUCGUCAACUACGCCGACGCGACUGUCGUGUCGUCGCUCGUCAACCUCGUGACCGGCGGACACCAGCGCCGAGUCGAUGCCAGGUUUAUGAGUGAGGCGGGUGUCAUCGACGUGUUCGUGUUCCUCGGAGACAAACCCGCUGACGUGUUCCGCCAGUACAGCUCGAUCACCGGAGUCGCACCGCUACCACCCAGGUUCUCGCUGGCGUACCACCAGUCGCGCUGGAACUACGUGGACGAGGCCGACGUGCGCGCCGUGGACGACGGCUUCGACGCGCACGACAUCCCCGCCGACGCGCUCUGGCUCGACAUCGAGUACACCGACCGCAAGAAAUAUUUCACAUGGGACAUGGAAAAGUUCCCCCACCCCGCGGACAUGGUGGCCAAUCUCACUGCCAAGGGAAGGAAGCUGAUCGUCAUCAUCGACCCCCACAUCAAGAGGGAGGCUGGCUACUUCGUGCACGAAGAUGCGACCGAACAGGGACUGUAUGUCAAGGAUAAAGAUGGAAAGGACUACGAAGGUUGGUGCUGGCCUGGUUCUUCCUCAUACCUGGACUUCUUCAACCCGGAGGUCACAAAGUACUACGCUGAGAGGUUCAAGUUCGAAAACUUCCCCGGUACCAGCAAAGAUGUUUACAUCUGGAAUGACAUGAAUGAGCCAAGUGUAUUCAACGGACCCGAAAUCACAAUGCCCAAAGACUGCCGCCAUUACAAAGCCCCUCAAGACGGACAGGAUGGCCUCGCUUCAUUCUGGGAACACAGACACGUCCACAACGAGAACGGCCUCCGACACAUCAGCGGAACACACCAGGGCAUGCUGGACCGAUCAGACGGACAGUACCGACCCUUCAUUCUCACCAGAGCCGUCUUCGCUGGUACUCAGCGAUAUGCAGCAGUGUGGACUGGAGACAAUGCAGCAGAGUGGGGCUUCCUGCAAGCUUCCGUCCCCAUGUGCAUAUCUCUUGCGGUCUCUGGAGUCAGCUUCUGUGGCUCAGACGUAGGAGGCUUCUUCAAGUACCCCGAGGCUGAGCUGAUGACCAGAUGGUAUCAGGCAGGCGCGUACCAGGCGUUCUUCCGCGCGCACUCGCACAUCGAGACGAAGCGGCGCGAGCCGUGGCUGUACGACGGCGCCACCACGGCGCGCAUCCGGGACGCCGUGCGCCGCCGGUACGCGCUGCUCGACUUCUGGUACACUUUAUUCUACGAGCACUCAAUCGAUUGGCUGCCAGUCAUGAGACCACUGUUCCAGGAGUUCCCUCGGGAGGAAGAAACAUUCACCAUCGACAACACAUACUUAUUGGGUGACAAGCUGCUAGUCCGUCCAGUGCUGGAAGCGGCAGUGACGAGUGUCAAAGUGUACCUGCCGGGGAAGGAAUCGCACACCGUGUGGUACGACGUCGACUCGUACCAGUCAUACCCCGCCAACGGGUAUAUGAACGUCGAUGUUAAUAUUGCCAAAGUGCCUGUGUACCAGCGUGGAGGAAGUAUAGUGCCGCGUAAAGAGCGAGUGCGACGCUCGUCAGCCCUCAUGGCACACGACCCUUACACGCUCGUUGUGGCGCUGGACAAGCAGGGCAAGGCGGAGGGUUCGCUGUACAUAGACGAUGGCGAGACCUACGAAUACAAAUCAAAUAAGUUUAUUUACGCCAAGAUCACAUACGAGCCCUCUGCUAUGAAGUAUUCAUUCGUAUACGAAGAAGCAAGCUACCCGACCAGAUCAUGGGUGGAGCGUAUCGUAAUCGCGGGCAUUAAAAACGCCCCAAAAGCUGCCAAGCUGUCCCAGGGCGGUAAGCAGAUCCCCCUCCAAAUGACCCUCCAUAGAGGUAACGACGUGCUCGUCAUACGCAAGCCAACCGCGUCGAUGGCGUCGCCCUGGGAGAUAAACUUCACAUAUUAGUUAUACAGUAUGUUCGAGACGUGUGUUCUAGCUAAUACUUUUAAAUAAAGAGAGAAAAUCAUUUAUUGUCACAAUUUUAUACAAUUCAUUAAUACAUUUAUAAUUAAAAGCGGAUAUACAAUUCAUUUUAUAUGUCAACGAUGUAUCAUUUUUAUAUAAGUCAAUCCGAAGAGGUUAGGUAAUUGUCGAAAACACUUAAUCAUAAUUUAAUUAAAAUUAUUGCGUUAAUAUAAAAAUAUUGUUUCAUUUUAAGCCGGCGAACGAUUGAAAUAAUGUUGAAAUACAAUUAUGAUUACUAUCGUGUUCGACAAGUACCUUUACUGAAUGUGAAGUUAAAACGUAACACUUCUUUAUCAACAUAGAAUAUUAAAUUAAGGGUUAUUUACUAUAAGUGACUUUAAGUGAGGUAUUUCAUAGAAUCAUAUCGAGUUUAGGAGUCGUUAUACUAAUAUAUUAAUUUAUCAUAAUGGUAUUUCGACUUGGUUAGUUUAGAACAAAAAUUUCAAUAUAAAAUACAAUAGUAAAAUCAAUCAAAUGUCCGAAUUGCGAUUUCAUUGUUAGAAAGAGACAGAGAAAAGUAAAUAUUAAUUUUUCUCUGUCACUAUUUGUGUACAAAAUAAUUGGUAAAGAAAAUCGAAGAGUAUUGAAACAUUGAGGCAUAGGACACGGGGAAAAAUGUUAUCUUUUUAUAAUAAUAAUUAGCAAUAUUAAAAAAUUAUAAGGUUUUUUAUAUGAUGUAACAUUUAACUUAUUUAUUACCAGUGUUUAAUGUUACGAUUUAAUUUCCAACUAGACUGGUGUACUAUUUCGUGUAUGCUAUAUGUUUUUUUUCAAUGAAACAUUUUUAAAAUUGCUAAGGAUUUUCAUUUUUCAACACUUCAGUUCAAAUACAAUGUUGUAUUAUUUCGCGUAUGUGUUUAAAAAACUUGUACAAUAUUAAAUAUUUGUUACGAAAUGGAAUCUUGGUUACGAAAUAGACGAAUUAAUAACUUCUGAAACAGAUUUUAUUUUCGAACGAUAACUUCAGUCAAAAUGUUAAUUUUUAUUGUCUUGUGAUAACAAUAGAGAAUAAAAAUACAAUUUUAAA